GUCCGGGCUGACAGUCAGCCUGUGAUUGCCAUAGUGUGGCUCAGCAGUAGUUAGCAUAGCCGGCUAAUACAAACAGCAAAAGCUAAAAACACAGCGGCUCGUUUUUAAUAUCUUCUUCCGUUUUCUGUCCGGAACGCACUCCACUUCUCCACCUCACCCCGCAUCAGCCGCUAACUUCACCAUGGUCGGCGUCAAAGUGAUCGGGAGCGAUCCGGACUUCCAGCCGGAGCUAGCGGCCGCCGGCUCCAGGCUCGCCGUGGUGAAGUUCACAAUGGCCGCGUGUCAGCCCUGCAUCAGAAUAGCUCCAGCUUUCAACAUGUUGAGUAACAAAUAUCCACAGGUCGUCUUCCUGGAAGUCGACGUUCACGUCUGUCAGGCCACGGCAGCGGCCAAUAACAUUUCAGCCACGCCCACCUUCCUGUUCUUCAGGAACCGGGUCCGGGUGGACCAGUACCAGGGCGCCGACGCUGCAGGUCUGGAGGACAAGAUCAAACAGCACACGGAGAACGACCCGGGAAACAGCGAGGACUCAGACAUUCCAAAGGGAUACAUGGACCUCAUGCCCUUCGUCAACAAAGCCGGCUGCGAAUGCCUGAACGAGAGCGACGACUGCGGCUUCGACAACUGUUUAAUCAAAGACACGUCGUACCUGGAGUCAGACUGCGACGAACAGCUGCUGAUAACCAUCGCCUUCAACCAGCCCGUCAAACUCUUCUCCAUGAAGCUGCAGUCGUCAGACUUUGCUCAGGCUCCAAAGGUGGUGAAGGUCUUCAUAAACCUGCCUCGCUCCAUGGGUUUCGACGACGCCGAGCGAAGCGAAGCCACUCAGACCCUGGAUCUGUCUGAGGACGACUACAAAGACGACGGCCUCAUCCCCCUGCGCUACGUCAAGUUCCAGAACGUCCAGAGCGUCACGAUGUUCGUCAAGUCCAACCAGGGAGACGAGGAAACGACAAAAAUCAACUACCUGACGUUCAUCGGGACUCCGGUCCAGGCCACCAACAUGAACGACUUCAAGAGGGUCGUGGGAAAGAAAGGAGAGAGCCACUGAGGAUGAAGAUGACGGAGGAGGAAGAGGAGGACCACGCCCACCACCACCUUUACCAGCUCUGAUUGGACGCCUGCGUCCUCCGUCUGUCAACCCUUUGUAUGUAAUUCAGAUGAAAACCUGUAAAUAAAACACAGUCCUUUUCCAAAGGCA